AUGUGUCCAAAAGAACGAACUGGAAGUAAAAGGCAUCAGAAAACUGGGUCACAUGAUCUGGGGGUUGGGGACACUAUUAGUGGUAUUCUCCUGAGGGCCAGUCGGCACUACAAGACAAAGCCCACUCAUGGCAUUGGCAGAUACAAACACUUGGUGAAAACGCUAGAGCCUAAAAAGAAGAAAGCCAAAGUGGAAGUGAGAGCCAUUAAUCUGGGGACAGAUUAUGAAUAUGGUGUUUUAAACAUCCACCUGACUGCUUAUGACAUGACUCUGGCAGAAAGCUAUGCCCAGUAUGUCCACCGCCUCUGCAACAGGCUCUCCAUCAAAGUUGAGGAAAGUUACGCGAUGCCCACCAAAACCAUGGAGGUGAUGCGGCUACCAGCCCAAGGCAACAAAAUGGUCCUAGACUCAGUCCUUACCACCCAUGAGCGAGUGGUUCAGAUCAGCGGUCUGAGUGCUACAUUUGCAGAGAUUUUCUUGGAAAUACUCCAAAGCAAUCUUCCAGAAGGAGUCCGGUUGUCAGUGAGGGAGCACACCGAAGAAGACUUCAAAGGAAGGUUCAAAGCUCGGCCAGAACUGGAAGAAUUGUUGGCCAAGUUGAACUAAACACUGUGAGCCCUUUCAUGCCAUCAUCGGUCUCAGAGAAGUUCUUCCUGCUUGAUCAGAAUAAGCAGGAGAAUGAAUGCGUAUACUGGGAAUGCCUCCUGUGUCUGUGACAUGCUGUGCUUGCCAGUUCCCACUUACCUUAACAAAGCCUAGGGUAUUCUCCACCUAAUAAAAAUCUGCUGUAACCAC